AUGCUAGGAAUCGCCGCAACACUUGUCGUUGUUGCGAUUCUCAAUUGGAUUCUUUCACAUUUUUGGGGUUUAUUUGUCUGGCUGGUUGCUUUUACCAUUUUUGCUCUUGUCACUGUCAUUCAAGCGGCAAUAUGGAAAAGCGACGUGCCGGAUAUCAGCGAACAUAAUAGGAGGAUCCGUUCUCAAUAUACAUGUGCAAUAGUUCUGGGAACCGUCGAAUUUUUCUUGGCGAUUUGCGUUUGCAUUCUGAUGUUCCGAAUGCUCUACUACUACUAUCAGAAUCGUGGACAGGAGAACAUUGUUGCAUUGUACACUCCGAAUUGCUCAUCAGUGACUAGAGUAACACAAAUGUUUCAGAUGAGACCUCAGGAAGAAACCGACACUGAAGCAGGCACAAAGGAAAAGGAGAAUCGAAAGAAAGCUGGAUUUGAAUUAGCCGCCGAGCCAACAGAGGUGAUUAUCUUCUUCCCAACCAUCUAUUACAUGUUUGGAAUUGCUGUUAUCGUUACGGUUCUUUCAAUUAUUUUAUGGAUUUGUACAGCUGCAAUCUGGAGUUUCUUUGUCUGGGCUACUCUCGCAACCCUAUCGAUUGGAUUGAUCAUUUUUCUCCAACAUCAUCAAUUUUGCAAUCCACUUGUGUUACUGGAUUGCAUUCUGCAUCUAUACACUGGUCAUGAUUAUCAAACUGGCAGCGAUUAUUGCAGACAAAAGAGAAGAAGUCAAAAGAAAAUAUCCUGGUUAUUCACAAAAACAAUACGAUGGUACUUUGAGCACUUCAUGAAACGUUCAUGA